AUGGGCGACAAAUCUUCAACUCCGGCGCGCACCCCGGCAAGGACCCCAUCUACCGUUAAGAGAUCUGGACUGGCCUCGACGGGCAGGCAGUCGAGUAUUCUCGGAUUCUUCUCCAAGACUGCCGUUUCUGCGACUCCUACCAAUGCGACCUCAAAUGCCAAUUCCAAUGCCAAUAGCACUGUCACAGCUUCCAGUCCUGCUUCUGAUGCCACAGCAACACCUCGCCCUGGCCAAAAGGAAAAGUCCCCAGAAUGCCUGAAAGAAACCACAAAAUCCAACUCGAUUCUGCCGCCCAGACGGAGAAGGGGGCUUGACGAGACCCCAGUCCCUAGUAGUGACGCCGUUCUACCCCCUAGCUCCCAGGAAAACCCAGGCACUGCCUAUUCCAAGGAUGACGACACCAAGACCAUCAUGAUGCCCAGCAAGUCGUCAGACGACGACGGCGACGAUGUCUUUCUCUCAUUUUCAGGGAGACCAAAGAGCUCUCGUCAAUCACGCGCUCGAUCACGCCCCAAAGUCAUAGACGAAGACGACGAAGACGAUGCUUUCGAGAUGGAUGAGACCGUAGUCAACGAGGACGAAGAUGAUGAGAUGGCGGACUUUGUAGUCGAAGACGACGAAUCCGAUGAAGGCGCCUCAAAGUCCAAAAAGAGAAAACGACCGACAGCACGCCCGAGCGCCCCACGCAAAAAGUCAGCCAUGUCCUCUCUUCCUGGUCCUCGGCCAUCGACACGACAAGAGGAGGAUGACGAGGACGAGGAGAUGAUGGAUGAUGUUCCCAGAACCUCAACAGCCCUGAAAUGGAAGUAUGAUCCGGACAACAUUCAGCCAGCUGAGUCUCGAUCUGUCGCUCCUCGUACCGCACCAACAUCGUCGUCCGCCAAAACAAAGCCAAAGGCACACACGAGAGAGCCUGAGCAGAGAUACCCGUGGCUGGCCGAUAUUCAAGAUGCCAAUAGGAACCGGCCAGGACAUCCGGAUUACGACCCUGGCUCCGUCUAUGUGCCCCCAUCUGCGUGGAGGCAGUUUUCGCCGUUCGAGACGCAGUACUGGGAGAUCAAGAAGAACCUAUGGGACACCGUGGUCUUCUUCAAAAAGGGCAAGUUCUACGAGCUCUAUGAGAACGAUGCCACCAUUGGCCAUCAGCUCUUUGACCUCAAGCUCACCGAUCGUGUCAACAUGCGUAUGGUUGGUGUUCCCGAGAGCUCGCUGGAAAUGUGGGUCAAUCAGUUCGUCGCCAAAGGGUACAAGGUUGCCCGCGUCGACCAAAUGGAGUCUGCCUUGGGCAAGGAGAUGCGCGAGCGUGACACCAAGGCCAAAAAGGCGGACAAGAUUAUUCGCCGCGAGCUCGCUUGCAUUCUGACAGGUGGUACUCUGGUGGAUGGCAGUAUGCUUCAAGACGAUAACGCCGUCUAUUGUGCAGCCAUCAAAGAGUCUGUCAUCGACGAUAAGCCUGCAUUUGGCAUCGCCUUUGUAGACGCUGCUACUGGACAGUUCUUCAUCUCAGAGUUUGAGGACGAUGUUGAUCUUACCAAGUUUGAGACCUUUGUGGCUCAGACCUCCCCACGAGAGUUGAUCUUGGAGAAAUCACACCUGUCGACAAAGGCCCUACGGAUUCUCAAGAACAACACUGCUCCUACCACCAUCUGGAACUAUCUGAAAAUGGGAACCGAGUUUUGGGAGGCUGACACCACAAGGCGCGAACUUGACUGUAGCGGUUACUUUGUCUCUGGCGAAGGCCAGGAUGAGGUCUGGCCCGAGAAACUCAAAGAGGCCCGCGGCAAAGAUCUCUUAAUGUCCGCUCUCGGUGCUCUGACCCAGUAUCUGCGUAUGCUGAAGAUUGAGCGCAACUUGCUCUCCCAGGGCAACUUUGCCUGGUACAACCCCAUUCACCGGAACGGCACACUUAUUCUUGACGGCCAGUCUCUUAUCAACCUGGAAAUCUUUGCCAAUACAGCCAAUGGCGGCCCCGAGGGAACUUUGUUCCAUCUGCUAAACAGGUGCAUAACUCCCUUCGGAAAGCGACUCUUCCGGCAAUGGGUCUGCCAUCCUCUCUGCAACAUACAGAAGCUCAACGAGAGACUGGAUGCGGUCGACAUGCUUAACGACGACCGAAGCUUUCAAGAGCAAUUCUCGUCUCAGAUGAGCAAGAUGGCCGAUCUGGAGCGGUUGAUAUCCCGAAUUCAUGCUGGCGCUUGCAAGCCCGGGGACUUUGUCAAAGUUUUGGAAGGGUUUGAACGGAUUGACCGUACCAUGGAACUUCUCGAGGCCUUUGGUGGUGGUAAUGGGCUGGUCGACCGCCUCAUUGCAUCCAUGCCGAACCUCAAGGAACCCUUGGGGUACUGGAAGACUGCGUUCGAUAGGAAGAGGGCCCGCGAUGACAAGCUUCUUAUUCCUGAACAAGGCAUAGUAGAAGACUUUGACCGCAGCCAAGAAGAACUGGACCGGAUCAAGGGAGAGCUGCAGGAGCUUCUUGAGAGGCAAAAGACUGCUCUUAGGUGCAAGACCGCAAAGUUCACCGACGUUGGCAAAGAAGUCUACCAGAUUGAAGUUCCCAAGACAGUGAAGGUUCCUCCCAAAUGGCGCCAAAUGUCCGCAACUUCGGCGGUCAAGCGGUACUACUUCAAGGAGCUCGAGGAUCUUGUUCGUGAGCUUCAGGAAGCCGAAGAAACACAUUCUCAGAUCGUCAAGGAAGUCGCUUCGAAAUUCUUCAAGCGCUUCGAUCUCGAUUAUGAGACAUGGUUGCAGGCAAUUCGCAUCAUUUCGCAACUGGAUUGUCUCAUCAGUCUGGCCAAAGCGUCAUCGGCUCUUGGUCAACCUUGCUGCCGCCCAGUGUUUGUGGAUGAUGAGCGGACCGUUGUCGAGUUCAACGAACUACGCCAUCCUUGCAUGCUAAACACCGUUGACGAUUUUAUCCCGAAUGACAUCAAGCUGGGUGGUGAUGAGGCAAACAUUGACCUUCUUACCGGCGCAAAUGCGGCUGGCAAGUCCACAAUUCUUCGAAUGUCCUGCAUCGCUGUGAUUAUGGCCCAAAUCGGUUGUUACGUUCCUGCCAUGUCCGCCCGCCUGACACCCGUCGACCGCAUUAUGUCUCGUUUGGGCGCGAAUGACAACAUCUUUGCCGCGCAAUCCACAUUCUUUGUCGAGCUGUCCGAGACGAAGAAGAUCCUGUCAGAAGCCACUCCCCGUUCACUAGUUAUUCUUGACGAGCUUGGACGUGGCACAUCUUCAUAUGACGGUGUUGCCGUCGCCCAGGCAGUUCUGCACCACGUCGCAUCACACAUUGGUUGCGUCGGUUUCUUCGCCACACACUAUCACAGUCUUGCUACCGAGUUCGAGAAUCAUCCCGAGAUCCGUGCCAAGAGAAUGCAGAUUGAGGUGGACGAGGAGAACAAGAGAAUCACCUUUCUGUACAAGCUCGAGGACGGCGUCGCAGAAGGCUCAUUCGGUAUGCAUUGCGCAGCCAUGUGUGGUAUUCCCGACAAGGUGAUUCGAAGAUCCGAGGUUGCAGCAAAGGAGUGGGAGCAUACGAGCCGAUUGAAGGAGAGCCUGGACAGAGCAAAGACGGGCUGCUAUAUUCCGCUCGGAGUGCUGAGCGAUGUGGCCAGUCUGCUGAGGAGCGAAACUGGGAAGGAGCGGGAAGUCGGCGACAGGGGCGUGGAGGUUCUUUUGCGGGCUAUCGAGGCUCUUUGA